UAGGUAGGUAGUAGGAGAGGGCUCAGUGGUGCUCACAUUCGCCGCUUGGCAGCUGCUUGCUAGUUAGGUAGGGUCGACAAUGGUCGACAUAUAUGACUGUGCUGAGCUUGAGCUGCGCCCCAUUGAAAGCGGCCCUAGACUCUCGCUGCAAUGAGGCGGCUUUUGCAUGCAUUGGCGGGGGACUGCGGGUCCCGCUGCGACAGCGCAAUGGAUUCGAAAUACGUGGUGGUUGCGAUGGGGGAGAGUGCUGAAUCCGCUGAUGUCUCAAGUUGUCCUCUCUUUGAGCUAUCGUGUGACAAGGACCUGAGAGACGGGGGCAAGUGGUGCCGAUUGAGAGGGGCGCUGAGGCGAGCCUCGUUGGGGACGAGACUUAUGUUGACGGCCGCCGGAUGUCUCCUCUUUGUUGCCUUGGUCGGUUUCUUGACCUCUCCGAACGGGCUAUUACGGGGGUGUGAUCUGAUGAGGGAAGCCAUUCGAUGGGCCAAUUGGGAGCACAUCUCUGAACAGAAGGCUGCCAUGACACGCUACGGCGUCGAGAGGGAUCCCCUUGAGCUGAACAAGAUGCCAAUCUGGGUGGUGUCGCUCAAGAGGGCCAACGAGAGGCGGCAGAAAAUCCAAAGCCAGAUGGACGCGCAGAAGAUUGGUUUCACGUUCAUGGAUGCAAUCGACGGGCUGAAAGAGCCCGUCAGGUCGGAAGAGUUGGCGUUGUUUGCUGGGAGGCGCGCAAAAGAGUACAAGCAGGGCGUUGAGCAUGAGCUCAAAAAGGUGGCCACCGACGUCACCAACUGGCGUCUGAUGCACCGGAUGCUGGCGGAGAAGUUCCCGCUCGUGCUCAUCAUGGAGGACGACUUCCUGCUGCCGGAAGGCGACUUCCUGUCGCGCUUGAACGAGACGAUGGCGCAGCUGCCGGCGGACUGGGACCUGUUUGCGUUGAACGGCUGUUCGAUGCACAAACACGGCCACACGCUCGGGAGGUUCGUCGGGCGGGGGGUGCGCGUGUUCAAGACCGGCAGUUGCACGCUGGCUGUUGUAGUGCGACGAGAGACGGCCAUCAAAGUACUCAAGGCUGCCGAGCGCCAGCUCCGGGUUCAAAAUUGGGAUAACCUAAUCAUGGGCUACAUGGCCCAGACCGGAGAGCUUAACACGUAUUUGGCGGACCCCCCACUUUGCCUUUUCAAUGAGAAGAUGCCCAGUAGCAUCGAACCAGGCAAGGAGCCUAUUCAAGACAUCCUGAGGCCUUGAGGGGGCCGGGGGGGGGGGUUCGCGCGACGCUCACAGAAAGUGUGGGUUGAUUUUGAUUAUGCUACGGACGCUUUGCACUGCAACUGGAAAGUUGCGUUGGCGGGACCUAGAAGUUGAGGUUGCCCGGUGUUGUUUUGGUUGAGUAGCGAUGAUCUGGUGAUUGACAGGAGGCGCACCUCGAAAGAGGUGGUCUAUGCUAGCUGGCUUGGCUGGCACCUUGUAAGUGAGGUGCUGUGGUGAGAGCAGAGUAUUGAUUGUCUUAGAAGAUGCUCGAAGAGAGCAUUGAGCGAUUUUAUAUUUGUAGCAACAUGAGGUUGCAUCAGCAAUUCUGUAGGGGCAGCUGAGUGAGGUGUAAGUCCGUAAAAUAAUUGUUUCCAGUUGUAACCAUGCACGCACUAUUGGGUACAUUCGCCUGACCAAAAGCUGGUUCACCGAUUUCAUAAGCUGGGCAGAAGAGGAAACUGCAUAAAAUAUAAGUCCGCGCAGUGUAUACGAUUCUAAAAAGGAGGUUGGGGGGACUUUAUGCCGUUGCUCCAUGACGCCACU